CAUGACGGUUGUAGAUUCAAGAUGGCUGCCGACAACCUCCCAUCCGAAUUUGAUGUUGUCAUACUCGGUACAGGCCUCACAGAGUCUGUCAUUGCUGCUGCCUGUUCACGAGUGGGACAGAGGGUUCUGCAUUUGGACAGGAGAAACUACUAUGCUGGAAACUGGGCCAGCUUUACUUUCAAUGGCCUGCUGUCAUGGAUCGAUGAGUACAAGACUCAGCAGGAGGUAUUAAACCCUGAAUUGGAGCAGGGAUGGCGAGAUAAGAUCGGGGAAGGAGAGGAUGUGCUGUGUCUUAACUCUGUAGAGUCCUCCAUAUCUAACGUGGAAGUAUUCUCUUAUGCCAGUGAGGAGCCUGAGGAAGAAGAGGUGGUGAAGGUUGCUGCGGUGAACAGUUUUCCCAAGGACUCUGAUGUUCAAGCUAAAGAGACUAGAGGCAGCGCUACAGAAGGCCAAGACACAGUUUGUCGUGAUGACAGCGCACCAGGUGGUGAUGAGCCACAGCAUCAAGAGUCGGAAAAAAAGCUAACGUCUGACACCCAAGAACCUCGCCAAUCAGAGGAAUGCGAAAAGGAGCAGGAGCCAAACAGCAACCAAGCAGAGUCACCUAUACAUAUGAAAAGGAAGAUAACCUAUGCUAAGCUGGUGAAGGAAGGACGCAGGUUUAACAUCGAUCUUGUGUCGAAGCUCCUGUAUUCUCGUGGAUUAUUGGUAGACCUGCUUAUCAAGUCCAAUGUCAGCCGCUAUGCCGAGUUCAAGAAUGUUAGUCGCAUCGUCACUUGUCGGACCAGCAAGGUGGAACAGGUCCCAUGUUCUCGGGCCGAUGUGUUUGGCAGUAAGCAGCUGACCAUGGUGGAGAAACGCAUGCUGAUGAAGUUCCUCACUUUCUGUCUGGACUUUGAGCAGCACCCAGAGGAAUUCCAGGACUUCUCAGAGAAGCCAUUUUGGGAGUACCUGAGGAGUAAGAAUCUAACCGAGAACCUGCAGCAUUUUGUGUUCCACUCCAUUGCCAUGGUGAACCAAGAGACCCUGACAGAGGAGGGCCUGAAGGCCACACAGCACUUCCUGCGAUGCCUGGGUCGCUACGGCAACACACCCUUUCUGUUCCCGCUGUAUGGCCUGGGUGAAAUUCCACAGUGCUUUUGUAGAAUGUGUGCUGUCUUUGGGGGGAUUUAUUGCCUGCGACAUUCUGUGCAGUGCCUAGUUGUGGACAAGGAGUCGGGAAAGUGUAAAGCUGUGAUUGACACGCAUGGCCAGCGAAUCAGCUGCAGCCAUUUUGUGGUGGAAGAUGGCUACAUUAGAGAAGAGCAGAGAACGAGAGCAGUUAACAGGCAUAUAUCCAGAGCGGUUGUCAUCACAGAUCGAUCGGUCUUACCCUCCGAGUCUGAUCAGCAGAUCUCACUGGUAACCGUGCCUCCUCUUGAACCCUCUUCUCCAGCCGUAAGGAUGGUGGAGCUCAGCUCUUCCUCCAUGACCUGCAUGCCUGGCACCUAUUUGGUGCACCUCACCUGUUCAUCCUCAGGCUCAGCCCGUGAAGACUUGGCACCAGUUAUUUCCAGGCUGUUCCUUGUUCCUAGCUGCCCCGGAGAGGAGCCUGCCCAAGGUUCUGUGGAGAGUGAGAAGCCUACAGCAUUGUGGGUCAUGUACUUCAACAUGCGAGACACAUCCAGCCUGGACAGCAGCUGCUACAGUCUUCCCAGCAAUGUCCAUGUCUGCACUGGCCCUGAUGCCAGCCUUGGCCACAACUACUCCAUUAAAUUGGCUGAAUCAGUAUUUCGUCAGCUCCUCCCAGAUGAGGAGUUCUGUCCUCCUGCACCAAACCCUGAGGACAUCAUAUACGAUGGCGAUGGUGCACAGGGAGAAGGGCCUGGCUUUGACGAGACCAGUCAUCUAGAGGGGGCUGGAACUGAAGGAAAGAGUGGGCUUCAGCAAAACGGCCAACCGGCAGAGGGCACGGAACCUGCUGAAAGUUCAGACAGUGUUGCCCAGAAAACUACCUCUGAAUUUGAGGUUCCCACCAAGGAAUAGACACUCCCUCCUCAUUUAAUAAUGAUUCACCAAAACUCUUCCCAGCACCACACGCCACCAGCCUUUGUCCUGGAGAUCUACCUUUCUGUAGAGUUUAAAGGUAGUUAAAAGAUGCCAGGAAGAGGGUUGGUGACCAGUGAUUGGCUUCUGUCCUUCUGUCUAUUCUGUGGUCCUCUGAAUGCCUGUGGAGGAGGAUAUAUGGAUUUUCACAAACACUCUUCCAUUACUGUCUGCAAAAAAAAAAAUAAUAAAAAUGAAAAAGGAAAAUCAAAAUAAUCUCUACACACUGUGCACAACAGAAUUACUAUUGUCUUAUCUCUUGUAGGGGAGAAGGGAGUGUGCUGUUUAAAUGGGCCAGAGCUAUGUAGUCCUCAUCUGCCUUUUGUCCGCUCCUGUAACCAGAGCUGUGGUCUUAUUAUCCUGAACAAAACAGUCUUAGUACACAAAUCUAAUAGCAGCCUGCAACUUGAAAAAGGCUUUGUUUAAUUGAAAAAUGGGGGGCAAAAAAGAAUUUUUGUGUACAUUAGUUCAGUUAAGAUAAGCUUGCAUAUUUUCAAAUAUAUUUCAGGGGGUUUGUAAACAUUUUUAGUUCUGUUUUAUUUUUGCCUUUUUUUUAUCCCACUUAAAAUUUUUUGAUCCCUUUAGCUUUGUUCAUAUUAAGACUUACCUUUUUUGCACAGUUCUAGUAAAUAAAUGUCUGUAAAUUUAUACACAUUACUGUGUGGUUCAACCAAGGUGCCUGUCGAAGUGGACACUGCACACUGAAGAUUUAGUCAGUCAGACUUCACAUGUCUCUCUGCCAAAUUAGCAUAUGCUUAAGUAUUUUGAAGAAUGUAUGGCAAGGGUUUGCUUUUAGCCCUUUCUAUUUGGUUGUUUCACUAAGCCUUAGAAGACUCAAUUGCCAAGGACACUCUUUGUUUUAUAACUUGGUUUAAAUGAUUUGGUGGUCCUCAGCUUCUGUACCAUAAUUUACUGUUCUCUUUUGUCGUUCUGUGUUGUAGGCUUCAGAAUGAAUUGCCGUUGUUAUUGUUUGCAAAUGUUUAUGGGCAUUAAAUGAUUAAACUGAAA